AUGAAGAUGAGAGCGCUGCCUCAGAGCUUCUGGCUACAGCCCAACAAGAACAACAACUUGCCGCCAUCUUGCUCUACCCUCCCUCCCCUCAUCCUCGGCAAGGACUCCAGCGACGUGAUUGACGUACGACCAGUGACUCCGCCGGAGGACGAGAGAGAUCACAAAGACAUUUGGAUUGACGGGGAGGAGUUCAAGGCAGAGAGGAUGAUCAAGGUGGGCAACACGGAUCUCCUCUCGAGAUUGUUCGACUCCGUGGAGCAGAUUGACAAGAAGAGGGUCACGGUCGUCAGGAGAGGAAGACCGAAGAAGCCACCGUCUACAGUAUUGCCCCGCGUGCUACGGGACGAUGAUCCCUGUCUGGUGAGCACAGUGACGGAGUCCAUCCUGCCACUCCUCCCAGACAAGACGCCAGCUUCCUCCGGCUCCUCUACACCUCUUGGCAUCCGCCAGGGGCCCCAGCAAGUACUAGAGAUGGUGAAUCUUCGUGAUGGUGACCGCACCAUCUCCCUCCCGUCACUCAACGUUGAACACAACUACAACCAAAUUCUCUCAGAGCUUGUCCUUAAGCUGUAGCCCCAAGUGACACAUGAUCUUGUCCUCCAUUGCUCAAUGCUUAAGCAUUCACGUUUACUUCUGGGAGUGAUAGGCUACCCAGGUAUUAUUUAUCAUCAGGCGAUGUUGGUAUACUAUGUAGUUUUUCGUGAUACUGAUAAGGAAAAGGACAUACAUGAUUAGAUUUCUCUUGUCUUUCGAGCAACAUUUAGUCCACAUUAUCUUCAAUGUCAUUAUUUUUAUUAUUGUUAUUUAUAUUCUUGUAAAUGUGGCUUGUAUGCCAUUAACAACCAGAUCUUUUUCCCAAUGGCAAUGAAGAACAAACUUGUUUAUAGCUCGAGACAUAUUCAUGGGAAUGUUAAACUGUACAUUCAUUGUUAUCAGCAAGUUUCUCAUAAAGUAUUAUUACUUGAAAAGCAAUAAAUACAAUUGCUGUGAUGUUAUUUUAAGGACUUAUUACACUAUGCCCUUGCUGGACGCCAUUAAUAACGUGCAUUGGGUCAACAAAUUAUGGCUUGUCUGAUUCUGCAAAAAAAAAAAAAAAUACCUGGGUAGUUAGGUGAGCUUCAGGUAAUACCUCUGAAGCUCCCACAUCCAAUGUAAACACUGAGAAUGUAUUAUACAUGGAGGCAACAAGUGAAUUGUGUUGCGGUCACAAGCCUAUCACGUUGAGGUAGCCUUUGCAGAAAUGAGUUGACAACGACGGAUUGCUUGCCCUACCUUGGACUGUAACAAGUGUUCUUGCUAGUCCACAUAUCUUGAUAGCUGUGGUUCCCCAUCCUUACUGCGUCACAUUUAUGUGAAAUUAUCUCCCAUAUCUCAGGGAAAGAUGAAGAGGGCUUGUGUGGGUAACAGUAAUUCCACUAAGUUGUGAUACAAUGAGGGUGGCCGAGGGAUGGGAGAGCCACAGUGCCCACAAAGUAGUAACUUUGCCGUAGACGGCAGUUGGUGGUAGUUAAUAAGAUUAAUCGCCUCUUUAAGGGUGUUAUAAUGUCUACAGGCAUUCAAAACAAAGCAAAAGUGUGUGCCAUAUUUUUGUAAUUACUCUGAUGGUUAUUUUAAUUUUUGUACUUGCCUUUAUGGAGUGUAAUUCCCUCAUUUAGAGGCUAAAAGGUGUGUGUCUGGGAGGAGCAACUUCGUGCUAAGAGUAAGGACUACCCUGAGGGACAGGAUGACCCGCUGGUCAAUAUGGCAUUCGGCAAAGAUGCACCAAAACUUGAAGAGUUCCUAACUGUUUUCAAAUAGCUUGUUUUUAAAGCUUAAAUUUUUGUGUAGGUUUAGAAAGAGUAGAGAAUAUCUACACACUGUGUACACUCGUAUUUCUUGUCAGUUUACAAAUACAGUAGUGAGGACAGGUUACACUUGCAAGAUAAGAAAAUGUUGAUACUUUCAUUAGGUUUUGUUAUGCUCUUGAUGCAAUGUUUUGUAAUACAUGCUCUAUAAUACUCCUACACAUAUUACUCUUGUUAAGACUAAUAUGUGUAAGACAAAAUGCCAGUUUUACUUACUUUUUGUCGAGACGUGUGUGUAGGACUCUCUACUCCACCGUUGUGCAAUAACAAGUGACUUCACAAUAACUAACAGUGUCAGAAGCAAUGCAAAAAACUAGAAGAAUGAGUAAACAAAAAAAGAUUAUAUCUAUGAUUAAAGAAAAAACAAAUUGGUGAAAAUAUAAUCCCUUCCCAAAUUAUUCACAACACAAGUUGCACAUAACCAAAAAGAUAGAAAAAGUGAUGAUUUUCCGAUGUUUGAGCAUGCUUCUGGCUGGCUGUGACAUGUGGACUGUGAUAUUAGUCCUGCACUCCUUGUGAUAGCACCAACCACCUGCAUAUUGUUGUACCCCUGUAGGUACUUGCUUGUUCUCCUGCUGCUGACUGGUCUGGCAGGCAUUGUUUCUUGUCAUAAUACAUUACUGUAGCAAAAGCAACCCAUGGCACACUAUUCUCCUUAAAAUGUGGUGUAAAAAUAUUCCUUGCCCUGAUUCUUUUUAACUUUAUUAGGAUCCUGUAGUUCGUUCAAGACCAAAGGGUCCUGGGUUGGAAUCCUGCAGCAGGACAGAUGUAUUUGGGCAUAAAGUAUUUCCAUUCACUUGAUGCCUCUGUUUACCUAGCAGUAAAAUAGGUACAUACAAGAUAAACAACUGUUGUGAAUUGCAUCUUUGGAAAGGUCAGUACAGUAGUUGGCCUAAAGGGCACCUCAACAAGACUUCCUGUCCUGAUAAUGGGAAAUCAAAUGGAAAACCAGUUUCAGUUAAACAAAAUUUCUUAUGCACAUCUUGACUCAGUGAUGUGGCACAACCAAGAGCAUUUAGUAAAGAAUUGCUUGAUAAUCUGUCUAUGGAAUUAUAAUCAGGAAAACCUAAUCUAGGCCUAAAUCAAGAAAAGCAUUUACAUAUAAUUUAUUCAUUUUACAGUAUUUGCAAAAAUUAUAUUUUUUUAAGCUUUGGGUCGGUUUCUUUGGGUAAUUAAAGGGGGGACUUGACUCUAACUGUGCAGAUAUACAGUAAUGCCACACCAUAAUUUUAAAUAAAUUCAGGUAGAACACUUGUGAAAUUUCAGUUCAGAAUAUAACACAGUAGCACCCAUGAACAAAUUCUGUAUUAAAUAUUUAUUUCACUGUAGCUGUUGAUUUAUACAUAUUUAGCUCCAGAAUAAUUUUGUUUAUAAAAAUUUGUUUUGCCUAGUACUUUCAGCAUUAUUUAGU